GUUGAUAAAGUCGUUGUUUCAAAAUAUAAGCGAUUGCUGAGUAUAUAAGUCAAGUUCACUUGAUUUAAUUCAUUCUAAGUUCAUUGUUUCUUUGAAUACAUCAAACAUGUCAACCUUCGCUUUUCUGUUGCUCUGCAUCCAGGCUUGCCUUGUCCAGCAAGCGUACAGCCAAGCCCUCCUGGGAGGGUAUGGCCUGGGCCCUCGCGCUUCAGGUUAUGGAAUCGGCGAAGUCGAGGUGGCCGCUGUUGAGGUCGACACCAUUGGCGGCUACGGGUACAACAAUGGCUUGGCCGGAAUUGGCGGCUUGGGAUUGACUAACGCUGGUGGCUUGGGAUUGGUUAACGCUGGUGGCUUGGGAUUGGUUAACGCUGGUGGCAUAGGGUUGGCUGGAACUGGACUCGGCAUCAACUCUGGACUCGGUCUUGGACUUAACGCUGCCGGGCUAGGCGUUUCUGGUCUCGGCGGACUCGGCAUCGCCGGCGGCUACGGCGGCGUGGGUAACGGCGCGCUCGCCGUCUCCGGAGAGCUGCCAGUUGCUGGCACCACGGUCGUCACUGGCGCCGUGCCAGUGCUCGGCGCUGUGAGCUUCAGCGGCAACUUGCCAGCUGCUGGCGCCGUCUCCAUCUCCGGCAACUGCGGAUGCGGUGGUGUUCCGUAUGGAGUUUACUAGACGUCAACUUUACAUAGCCAAACAGUUUGAAGAAUUAAAUACAUAUUAUUCAUGGA